AUGAUAUCUGAACUCAGAUAAAUUUCACAGUGAAUUGUACGUGAAAUUGGGCAUAGGGCUCCGGUUUAGAAGAUCUGCCCUGUUCAGAACUUAGGAGAUGCGCGACAUGCGUUUGCCACUCUAUCUUGGCACAAUCAAUCGCCACAUGAGUCACACACGCCUUGAUCUGCACCUCCAACCUUGAUUCCAGAACGCGAACUUCCAAGCUCCAGAUUACUACUAUGCUUCCACGGGAACCGUACAAGGGCUUAACGCGAAAGCUAGUGCUUGCAUUUGAUGUCGGGACCACGUUCAGUGGAGUCUCGUAUUGUAUGCUGGACCCAGGGGAAGUGCCUGUAAUUCGAGGAGUUGCAAGAUAUCCUGCGCAAGAGCAUGUCGGAGGUGACUCCAAAAUACCAUCAAUUCUCUACUAUGAUCUUCAGGGAGACGUCCGCGCCGUGGGUGCUGAGGCUCUACGACAGAAUAUCAUCGAACAGGCAGAAGACGAGGGAUGGGUGAAACUUGAAUGGUGGAAACUUCAUCUUCGCGCUAAGCAUCUGGCAUCGUCUCAUAUACGGGAGGAUGAUAUACCACCUCUCCCACGAGGCAAAUCCGCAGUAGAAGUCCUCGCCGAUUUCAUGCGCUACCUCUUCCAAUGUGCUCGAACUUACAUUCAGGAAUCACAUUUGAAUUCCUGGAGUUCGGUCGAGAACUCCAUUGAGUUCGUGCUCACACAUCCGAACGGGUGGGAAGGCCAACAACAACAACAGAUUAGACGCGCUGUCGAGAUCGCUGGUCUCAUUUCAUCUAAGGAGGAGCAAUCUCAUGUGCACCUCUUGACUGAGGGCGAAGCGAGUCUUCAUUUCUGUGUUACCAACGUGAUUGCAUCGGAUAUAUUCUCUAAAACCCCUAUAGAUGUAUCAGAUUACUCAGACGAGGAGGAAGAUCAAUCCGACAGCCAGGGAGUCAUUGUUGUUGAUGCCGGAGGCGGAACUAUCGAUCUCAGCGCCUACUCGAUGAAGUUAUCUCCGACUUCGUUCGAGGAGAUUGCCCCAGCUGAAUGUUGCCUGCAGGGCUCAGUCUUUGUUACCCGUCGCGCUCAUACUCUCUUACAAGAGAAACUUUCAGGUUCGAACUACUCCAACCCUGAUAUCAUCAAGCAAAUGACGAGAAUCUUCGACGCGAGCACAAAGCUUCGGUUCCGUAAUCCUGAUGAACCGUCUUACAUCAAGUUUGGCACCAUCCGUGACAAGGAUCUGACGUACGGCAUUCGAUCAGGGCAAUUGAAAUUGGCCGGCCAGGACGUCGCGGAUUUGUUUGAACCAUCCAUUGAAGCUAUCAUCGAGGCUUUUGAGCAGCAGAGACGUGUGGCGUCGACUCCAAUCAAUUUGGUUUGGUUGGUUGGCGGUUUCGCUGCCAGCGACUGGCUGUUUGCAAAACUCCAGGAAUAUUUUAUCCCUCUAGGCAUCCGCUUUUGUCGCCCUGAUGCCCAUGUAAACAAGGCUGUUGCUGAUGGGGCCGUUUCGUUCUACAUUGACCACCUAGUGUCCUCUCGAGUCGCACGCGCCACGUAUGGCGUUGAAUGCCACAGUCAGUACGAUUUUCAAGAUCCUGAACACCAGGCCCGGCAACACACCAUAUUCGCCGAUAUCACCGGUUCGCUGCGUGUCCCCAGUGUUUUUCAGAGUAUUUUGCUGAAGGGAACUCAAGUAUCUGAGCUUUGUGAAUUCCGAAAGCCUUUCUAUAUUACACCAACGUCACUCGCUGCAUGCGAAAGUCAUAGCACGGAUAUCAUGUGCUACAAGGGUGCCCUCCAGGAGCCGCGGUGGUUAGACGUUGAACGGUCCUCAUUUUCCACGCUAUGCACAAUUCAUGCCGACCUCCGCGAGCUAUCCCGAACACUCCGUCCUCAAAGAUCAGCUAUAAAUCAAUCAGAGUAUUAUAAGAUUGAAUUUGACGUCGUCAUUUUAUUUGGCCACACAGAACUGAAAGCGCAGAUCAGUUGGAAGGAAAAGGGAAUUGAAAUGCGGAGCCCAGCAGCUAUAGUGUACGACGAGUAGUGUCAAGACCGAAUCGCAGCUUUUUGCACAUACUGCAGCUGCAGAAGAGUGUUAGCAUCAUGUAGGACAGUCGUGCUAUCUGAAUCAUCUGUAUCCAUGUUACCUCAAAUAUUACCGAGCUUCCUAUACAC